AUGUCGGGAUGGGUUCGGAAAACAAAACUCAACGUUUGCACAUUGAAUAACUGGGCUUUGGAUUUUACGGGCAACUUCGAAAGAAUCAUCAAGACAUGUCAAGAUGCUGUUGCGUCCGGUGCUCUUCUUCGUUUGGGCCCUGAAUUGGAAAUUCCUGGCUAUGGCUGUGCAGACCACUUCUUUGAGCUUGACACAGAGUUGCAUUCAUGGGAAAUACUAAAAAAAAUUGUAGUGGCAUCCACUUCGUGGCCUGAUCUUCUGAUUAUAACAGGGAUGCCAGUCCGACACAGAAUGAUUCUAUUCAAUUGCAUGGUGUCUGUCCAAAAUGGAAAAAUUUUGCUGAUACGUCCAAAAAUGUCUCUAUGUGAUGAUGACGUCUAUCGAGAGUCAAGAUGGUUUUCACGAUGGUCGCAGCCAUUAUCUUAUACGACCUUUCAACUGAACAAAGAUUUCGGUUUUCAGCAAGAAAGUGUUCCUUUCGGGGAUGCCAUUUUACAGUCAGCUGACGGAGUAAAGGUUGGAUUUGAGAUUUGUGAAGAGCUGUGGACCACUAACUCACCUCAUACUACGCUCGCUUUACUGGGUGUUGAUAUCAUUUGUAAUAGUAGUGGAAGUCAUCAUAUUCUUGGAAAGUCUAAUUAUCGAAUCAAUCAGCUUAUAGUAGGCAGCAGUCAAAAAACUGGAGGAGUCUACCUAUAUAGUAACCAUCGUGGGUGUGAUGGCGACCGAGUCUACUAUGAUGGAGCAUCGUCUAUUGCUCAGAAUGGUCUUCUUUUGGGUCAAAUUAACCAGUUUGAUAUCGAAGACACUGCUGGAGUUACAGCUGUUCUAGAUUUGAAUUCCACACUAACUUUCCGACAUAAGAAGGCGAGCUCCUGUUUUGAUAGUGCCAAAAUGCCGGAAGUUUCUUGUUAUAUUACAUUUCCUGGAAACCUAACGGAUCAAAAACUAUUCGAAGAACUACUCACGACGCCAUUGGUUGCCAUUGAAGAUCUCCAACUGUCAACAACUGAGGAGUUAUGCAAAGGCCCACCAGCCUGGUUGUGGCAUUACCUAAGAAGAAGUAAAAUGAGCGGGUUCUUUGUUCCGCUCUCGGGAGGCCAAGAUAGUGCAGCGGUUGUUACUAUGGUUCGAUUGAUGUGCAACAAGGUUUGUGAAUCCGUAAAGAAUGCAAACUUGGAAGGGAAGGAUGAUCCUGCCUAUUACCUCAAUGGAGCUAAAAUUGGAGAAGACCCCGCUGAACUUUGUAAUCGAAUUCUGUUCACUUGCUACAUGGGAUCUGAACAUUCUUCGCAAGAAACAAGACAGUGUGCUGAAGACCUCGCAAAAGAAAUCAACUGUUUCCAUUUUAGUUUACUAAUUGAUAUCGUCGUAGCCGCUUGUCUUACUACCUUCCAGAUAAUUUUCGGAUUUCUCCCAAGUUUCAAGAAUGAAGAUGUUCGAGAACAUAUGUCUCUUCAAAAUGUGCAGGCGAGAGUUAGAAUGGUGUUAUCCUAUCUGUUUUCUCAACUGAUUCUCGUGGCACAAAAAAGACCGGGAGCACUCCUCGUUUUAGGAACUGCAAACGUUGAUGAGUGCUUGGUUGGAUAUGCAACAAAGUAUGAUUGCUCUUCCGCUGACAUUAAUCCCAUUGGAUCCAUCAGCAAAAGGGAUCUUCGUGCAUUCUUAGCGAAAGUACGUAAAGAUCUGAACAUGGAGUCUUUGCAAAGAAUAUAUGAUUCCGUGCCUACAGCUGAGCUUCGACCAUUAGUUGAUGGAAAGGUUGCUCAAACAGAUGAGGAAGAAAUAGGGCUAACAUAUGACGAGCUAUCCCUUAUUGGGACGUUAAGGCGUCCAGGCGGAAUGGGUCCAUACAUGAUGUUUCUACGCUUGGUCUCUCUUUGGCACCCCAAGUAUAGCUAUAAAAAGAUCGAAGAGAAACUUUCUCGUUUCUUUUGGCGCUAUCGCACGAAUCGACAUAAAGCAACCGUUGCUACCCCAGCUUAUCAUGCCGUUGAGUACAGCCCUGACGAUCAUAGAAAUGAUCACCGUCCAUUCUUAUACCCAGAUCUGUCCUACCAGUUCGAAAAAAUCAGAGAAAAAGUUAACGAGUUGGAGAGAAAGCAAGAAACUUUGUAA